AUGACUACGGUGCCACCUCCACAAGCAUUUCAGCCUCCUCGUAGAGAUGUUCCUACACCUAGCGUUGGCGUUAACACGAGAAGAUCUUCAGGAACAGUCUCUGUUGAAGAGUCUUUGAAAACUUAUCAACUAUUGGAAGCCCUGCGAGCAAAUGAUACGGGAUCCCUCCAAACUCUUCUUGCAUAUUACCAACCUCCUCCAUUGUCACCAAUUAUUAAUAGCAACUCAACACUUAGUGGAACUCCCCCGUCUUUAUCAUUAAAUCAUACACCUUCACCAUUAAUACUUGCUGUGCAAUGUGCAGCAACUCCUACGGUUGAAUAUGUACUUUCGCAUUUACCACCUGGUUUUGAUAUUAAUCAACGUGAUCAAUACGGAAAUACUGCAUUGCAUUAUGCUGCAAAAUCAGGCCGUGUAGAUGUAGCGGGUUUUUUAUUAAAACAGAAGAACAUCAAUGAUACUUUACUAAAUAACGAAGGAAAACAAGCUGUUGAUAUGGCUAAAACUCCGGGAGUUGCCGAAUUACUUAAAGCAAAUCGCGCCCAGUACGUAGAACGUAUAACCGCACUUUUUCGACAACACGUAGCCACCUCUGACCUCGAAGCACUCCGAAAUUUUUUUCAGGAUCCUCGAGCUGCAGCUUUAAUUGACAUAAAUCAUCAAGAUUGUGGAACGGGAGCUACGUUACUACAUGAUGCUGCACGCAAAAAAGAUAUAGAAAUGGUUAAAUUUUGUUUAGAUCAUGGUGCUGAUAUAAAUAUUCGAGAUAGAAAAGGAAAAUUACCGAUAGAUAUUACGAAAGAAGAAAAGAUAAAAAGUUUAUUAAAAGAAGUGACCCCUAAUUCAAGCUUAGUUAUUACUACAUCACCCAAUCAACCACCCAAGCUAAGAGGGUAUUUACAUAAAUGGACUAAUUAUGCCGGUGGUUACAAAACAAGAUGGUUUGUUUUGGAGAACGGAAUCUUGUCGUAUUUUAAGAAUCAGGAUGAUGCAGGAAAUUCUUGUCGUGGAUCAAUAAAUAUGAGAAUAGCUACAAUAUCGAGAGAUUCAGCAGAUCGUCAACGAUUUGAUAUUCUUGGGAAAGGCUCAGUACGUUAUCAUCUACGAGCCAAUCACCAUACUGAAGCAGAAAAAUGGAUAGGGGCUCUACAGCAAUCAACGCAAUGGAAGAGUUCCAGAAGAACAAGUCUUCAAGAUGAAUCAUCUGGUUCGACAACACAAGUGAAUCACGAUGAUGAUGGAUCUAUGCGAGGUUUUCGUAGAGCAGAUACUUUUUCUUCAAUGAAUCGGGAACGAUCACGUUCACCUUCUGAUGACUCAAUUGAGGUUGACACUAUUCCUCAUGGGGACACGUAUCAAUUGAAAAUUAGCUCUGCUAGAGCACAAAUGGAGUUGCAAUCGCAAUUAUUAGAAUCCGUUUUAACCACAUUGCAGUCACUAUUGUCACCUGAUUCACGCCAACAAGUAGUAGUUGAUGCAUUUAAAAAAUCUCAUGGACCAUUACAAGUUCUUGUGGAUGAUGUUGUCCGUAUGUCAGAAGAUCGAGACGCGUACUGGCAAAAAAAACUCGAAAAAGAACUAGAAGCUAAAAGACUAUGGGAAGAAAGUAUGCGUGGCUUUGCAAUUGAACAAGCUCAAAUGGAAGAAGUCAUCCUAGAGAAUGUAAAAGAGCAUAAAAGGCUGAAAAAACUUUCAAAGCUCCAUGAUGCUCAACAUAUGGUUUUGCCACCUUCAAGUAAUAGUCCUGCAGAAGUUAAACCAGAUUUCGCGGAAAGAUCAAUGCUACUGCCAAUUCAAACAGACAAUCCAGAUCUUGAAAAUUUACCAAUAAUUGACGGUGUUCCUCAAAUUGAAGAAACAACACGAAAGCAUAGUUCCACAACCUCGUUAACUACUGAAUUUUAUGGUUCAGAUGACGAAUUUUUCGAUGCAAUGGAUGGUAAUGUAGAAGUUGAAGAAGUAGUUAUGGAACAGUCGCCAACAGAGUUAACUGAAGAUGGUGGGCUUCAGCCAUACGUAGCCUCCGCAUAUUCAGGAUAUCCAGAACAUGUACGCACACGGCUUCCACUCGACCAGAAAUCUUUACGACCAGAUGUUUCUCUAUGGUCGAUUCUUAAAAAUUCAAUUGGAAAAGAUUUAAGCAAAAUCACGUUACCUGUUUACUUUAAUGAACCUACCUCGAUGUUACAACGUAUGGCUGAAGAUAUGGAAUAUAGUGAAAUUUUGGAUAUUGCAGCCCGACAAAAGGAAAGCACUGAUCGAAUUUUAUAUGUGGCUGCCUUUGCUAUGAGUAAUUAUUCGAGCACAGUUGGCAGAGUAGCAAAACCAUUCAAUCCUCUACUGGGAGAGACAUAUGAGUAUGUCCGACCAAAUAAAGCUUUCCGAUAUAUAUCUGAGCAAGUAUCCCACCACCCACCAAUAAGUGCAUGUUAUUGUGAAUCUCCUAAUUACGAUUUUUUUGCAGAAGUAGAUGUGAAAUCAAAAUUCUGGGGAAAAUCAUUUGAGAUUCUUCCAAAAGGAGUUUCUCAUGUCAAUCUAAAAGUUCCAAAUGAAUAUUGGCCUAAAAAUAAGGAACGAGAUCCAAACUCAUAUAUAGCUGUAGGCAAUCCGAAUGCAUUUUCUGAACAUUAUUCAUGGAAAAAGGUUACAACCUGUGUGAACAAUUUGAUCGUCGGUUCUCCUUGGAUAGAUCAUUAUGGGGACAUGGUCAUAGUAAAUCAUAUAACGGGAGACAAAUGUGUCUUGACAUUUAAAGCGCGUGGAUGGCGCGGAAAAGAUGCAUUCGAGAUUCGAGGUUCCGUUACCGAUGCAAAAGGAAACGAAAUAUGGGAAAUUGCUGGAAGAUGGAAUGAAAGAUUAGUUGCUCGAAGGAGUGGUGGUGCACAUUAUGCGUCAGCAUCGGAAAAAGAUCUGGGAAGCGAUGCGGCAGCUGCAUCUGCUACUGAACUCGAAGAGGCAAUAAGUAAUGCAUUGCCACACACUAUUGCAAAUCCAUCACAUCGACGCGCAAUUUUGUUGUUAUGGAAGCGCGCACCCCUACCAGAAGAGCCUAUCCCGUUUAAUUUAACACCUUUUGCGGUUACAUUAAAUGAUUUCCCAGAAACAUUAAAAGCCUGGGUUGCGCCCACUGAUUCACGGUUAAGACCAGAUCAACGCGCAAUGGAAAGUGGACAAUAUGAUUUCGCUAGUUCUGAAAAAGUCCGCCUUGAAGAAAAGCAACGGAUUAAGCGACGAGCACGAGAACGUGGUGACACGGAAGAUUUCAAACCUCGUUGGUUCAUUCGAGAUACAGAACCUGAUACAGGUGAAGGUUAUUGGCGCUUUAACCACCAAUACUGGCAAGAGCGCGAGCGAACGGGUAAAGAAAAAAGUGAGGGAACUGGGUCUGGUAAAUGGGACGUAGAAGAUGAUGAUAUAUUUUAA